CCUCAGGCUUCCAAAACAAAUCAGCAAGCUGUUUUCUUGAGUCCCGGUAGGUUCCAGCCGCUGACUGUGACCUCACGCAAGGGGCGGAGCUAUGGGAGAAGAGAGCCAGCGACGAAUUGCACAGUAAAACCCCAAAACCAGAGAUUUUAGGAGGCAGAUGUAGCCUUGAAUUGGUGAGAAACGAGACGCAUCCCACUGAGGAUCUGUAAGAAGCGUGGGGAGCGCGUGGGAAAUCCGAGCACCUCGCCCUAUCCAGCGCGGAAAAAAAGAAAAAGAAAUCCUAGGAUGGAUAAAUAUAAAGCUCUCGAACAGUUGCUUACAGAGCUUGAAGAUUUUCUGAAGAUCCUGGAUAAGGAGAACCUCAGCAGCACUGCUAUCGUGAAAAAGAGCUUUCUCUCUGAUCUUCUUCGGCUAUGCACAAAAUCAAGUGGUGGUGAUGAGGAAUACAUUUACAUGAACAAAGUUACCAUCAAUAAACAACAGGAUGAGCUCCAGAAACCAGACAAAGGUCACAGAGACUCCUUGACCAAUGGAGAAGUGGAACAGCACUUGUCUCCUCCUCAGAAGAGUUUGCCAGACCUUCCACCUCCAAAAAUAAUUCCAGAAACAAAACUACAUUCUGGCUCCAAAACUGAGUCUGCAGAAGGGUACUAUGAAGAAGCGGAACCCUAUGGUGCAUCUGUGAAUGGUCUUUACGGUAGCCUUGUAGCUACUGGAUCCAGGCCAGGGUUGCAGGUUAAUGAGGGAGUAAUAUAUGCCACAAUAACUAUGGAGGAUGGAGAAGCAGUCAGCAGCUCCUAUGAAUCCUAUGAUGAGGAAGAGAGCAGUAAAGGCAAGUCCACUCCUCACCAGUGGCCUUCCCCUGAAGCUUCCAUAGAACUCAUGAAAGAUGCUCGGAUCUGCGCUUUCCUCUGGCGGAAGAAGUGGCUGGGCCAAUGGGCCAAGCAGCUGUGUGUCAUCAAGGACAAUAGGUUGUUGUGCUACAAGACCUCCAAGGACCACAAUCCCCAGCUGGAUGUUAAUUUGUUGGGCUGCAGCGUCAUCCAUAAGGAGAAGAAUGUGAGGAAGCAGGAGCAUAAACUGAAGAUCAUCCCCAUGAAUGCAGAUGUAAUUGUGCUGGGCUUGCAGAGUAAGGACCAGGCAGAACAAUGGCUCAGGGUAAUCCAAGAAACAAGUGGUCUCUAUCCAGAUGGGAUGUGUGAGGGGAACCAAUAUGUUCCAGACUCCCAGCGGCUUAGUUACCCCAAAGGGGAACCAUCUGAGAGAUAUUCAGUGGUGUCAGAAAGCGGAAGCAGCACUGAUGGUCAUCCAGAACCGACAGAAACGAAAGACGUUAAGAAGAAGGGCACAUCUGGCUUAAAACUGAGCAACCUGAUGAACCUUGGGAGGAAGAAAUCAUCUUCAUUGGACAGUCCAGAGAGGUCUUUGGAUACUUGUACAUAUCUGAAUGUACUAGCGAACAGCCAGUGGAGAUCUCGUUGGUGUCACGUGAAGGAUGGGCAACUCCAUUUCUACCAGGAUAAAAACAGAAGCAAAUAUGCUCAGCAGCCUCUGAACCUGAUAGGCUGUGAAAUUAUCCCUGACCCAAGCCCUGACCAUCUCUACUCAUUCCGUAUUCUACAUAAUGGAGAAGAACGGGCCGUGCUAGAGGCCAAGUCUUGUGAAGAAAUGGGCCAUUGGCUUGGCCUGCUUUUAUCAGAAUCUGGCUCCAAAACAGACCCUGAGGAACUUACCUAUGAUUAUGUUGAUACUGACAGGGUUUCCUGCAUUGUGAGCGCGGCAAAGAAUUCAUUGCUCUUAAUGCAGAGGAAGUACUCUGAACCCAACACCUACAUUGAUAAUUUGCCAAAAGGAAAGGAGGAUCAAGAGGAGCUCUAUGAUGAUGUGGAUGUACCGGAAGCAACAGUGGAGGAAAUGCCCCCAGAUGAAGGCAAAUGUGAAGGAGAGCAGGACAGAGUCUACCUGGACCUCAAUCCAGUUAAAUCCUUCCUGCAUUGUGCUGGCAAGCCCAAGUACUCUCCGAUGUCCCCUUCCGUGUCCCCUUCUUUACAAAGGGCAAGCAAUAAGAACUCCUCAGACUUGGAGAAAGACUCAUCCAUGCUGCCCAAGGAAGCAGACUUGAGUAGAAGAUCAAUGGAAAUUCCAGACCAGAGGCCUCGAGACACAGAUGAGCUGUUGCCACCACAGAUGACCACAGUCAAAAUCCAGACACAUCAGCAGCAAAUUGCCUUUCCUCAAGAUGGUCCUGAGAUCAAGGACACCACUAUAAUCAUGUCUGCUCCCAAAGAGAAAGUAGAUCGUUCCAAGGCAGCAACUACAGAAAUCAAACUAGGCAAGAACAGGACAGAAGCUGAAGUGAAGCGGUGCUCGGAAGAGAGAGAUCGCCUGGAGAAGGAAAAAGAGGAAAUCCGCUCUCAGCUAGCACAACUUCGGAAAGAAAGAAGGGAGCUCAAAGAGAUGCUGAUCAGCUGCACAGAUAAGAGCCUUUUGUCUACCAUGGAGCAAAAACUGAAAGAAGUAGAGGAGGAGUGCAAACGGAAAGAAGAUCAGCGUGUGGACUUAGAACUGAGCCUCAUGGAAGUGAAGGAGAAUCUCAGGAAAGCAGAGGCUGGUCCUUUUACACUUGGCACCACGGUGGAUACCACACAUCUGGAGAACGCAAGCCCCAAAAUGAAAGCUGCCAACCCUGUGAAUGGCACAGAGAACUCUCCAGUCAAUUCAGCAAUGGCAUUAAAAAACCGGCCUUUAUCUGUCAUGGUCACAGGCAAAGGAACAGUUCUACAGAAAGCCAAGGAAUGGGAGAAGAAAGGUGCUAGUUAAGAAAUGAUGGCAUGGACUUGAGACUAGAACUGGACAUACAUGGACUACGGGAUUCUGUUGCCAGUCGAUAAAGAGUCCAGAUGCGGCCUAGCACAGCCAGCAGUAUACUGUGCCAUCUCUCUAGAAGAAACGAUGGACCUGAGCCAGAGUUUAUCAUGGCCUUCAACAGAAUAAGGAUUUUGCUCUUUUUCGCAGAGUUGUGCUGUGUAGCUAAGAGAGUUAACACAAGUGGAAAUGUUGCUUCGUUCUAACCCCAUUGAGGUCUUGAAAAUGUUGCUGUACAUGAGAAUGCUUUUGUGUAUUUUUUAUGUUGGUGUUUCAUCAUAGUACAAUCCAGGAUUUGUGGUUUGCAGUAGGACAAGGGACUUCUACAGGACUUGUCUUGGUUCCGCCAGGGCCAGGGACUGGGUGGAGGCAGAUAAAUAAAUGGAUCUGCCUAAAACCUGAAAAGCCAGCUACAAGUUCAAGUAUCAGUGUUGGGCUUCUCUUUUGGAUAAGAGCUUGUCUAACCAAUGGAGGGAAUUUAAGAGAAGCUCAGAGAUGCCUAGCAGCACAACUAAAAGAGAGCAGCUGUGUGCAUGAUGCAGUUUGACUUCCCAUACAAAAUUCUUGACAAGAAAAAAGCAGAGCUACUCAGGUUCUGACGUAUAAUGUUGGUACAGUACAAAGCAAAUUUGGGCUUGGGUCCUUCAUCACAUAUAGCAGUACAGCUCACAGCAGUGCUUCACAAACUGAUGGGCAGUCUUUGUAAAUAUAAGGGCUUCCUAAUGUAUGUCAGAAUUGGCACUGCAGACCUAUCCCACAGUAUACAAGGAUCUUUUUCUGAACACUGAAAUAGACUGAGAAGCCAUUAAUGGACAGGAGCUCAGCUUCUGGAUUGGAGCCAAAAUGUCAUUUAAAACAGAUAAGUUAAUUCUUAGAACUCAUCAGCCGUCGCUGUUCACACAUUUAAAGAUGAUUACAGCAGGAUACAGAGAUGCAGUUUUAUUUCCCAUCUUCCAAAACAUGUUUGAGACACUGCUGGUGAAUUUAAUGCACUUUAGUGACUCUAAGUCCAGGUAAGUAUACAUGUACUGGCAGUGUAUUGAGCCAUUUGAGCAGGUACCAUAACACUUCUCUAUUCUGUACAAUAGUCAGCAUAAUGAUAAUGCAGUACAAAUAUGAAGUUGAAGUAGCAAAAAUGGAGCAAGGUUUAGUCUGGUAUUGUGAAUGUAAUUGCACAAACAUGCUUUGGAAGAGUGGGAAAUUCCUCCCAUUAAACAUAUUUUUGCUUUCUCUUUCUAUAAACAAAAGUAUAAUCCGAGCAAGGUAGGACUUGACUGAGCUGCAUUCAGAAAGUCCAAAGAAGUUUUAAGUCAAUGUGUGGCAUUCAGUUAGGGACAGGCUCAUGCCAAAAUCAUCAGGUUUCUGGAUUUUAUCUUGGUAUCUGGAUAUAAAUCACUUCAAGACUGGCCAUAUACAAAGGGAAGAAAUUAUUAAAUAUUUAGUGCUGUGAAGACCACUGUCAUAUCAGCAGGCUUACUGUGCAAGAGCAUUUCCAUACAAUAAUUUUAUUGAGCAAUAAAUGUAUACUUGAAUAUAAAAGUUGCUGAAGCAACUCUAAACAUCUCUCCCCCAGCUAACAUCUUUUGUGGAGAAGCUGUAUUUUCUCAGCCAUCAGUACAAUAUUUGUCACUGGAAAAUGCAUCUUCUCAAGCAAACACAUAUAUUAUAGUUCAUCAUCAACAUGAUGCACAGUUCUGAUGUCUCUUAUAGAACUUGCGACUCCACGGCUCCAGACCAGGAAGUAGCUAUGCCACUGUAGAGAUCCAGUGUAACGAUUUAUUUUCCUUAGCUAUCAGAUUUUCUUACCCUAUGCACCUGAGCAUGCUCAACUGCAGCGGAGCAAGGAAGCUGCUUUCUUUUUUCUGCCCACAAUUCCUGUCAGAUUUUAUUCUUCAAAAUGCGAACAAGUCCAAAUUCAGCAAGAAAAAGCAAAAAAAGCCUCAGCUUUUGCUGCUUGUGUUAUUUGGCACCCAAAAUAACACUGAAAUACAAAGAAGGGAACAUUACAGUGGUAUUUAUUAAGGUAAAUUUGAAGCUGAAAUGCCUGGAGAGCUUGCAAGAAAAGGGCAUGCUCAAUCUCUCCAAAACGAUGGCAUGCAUGAUAUAGGGUAAGGUUUCUGACAGCUUUCAGGCUAAGGGCACUGCCUCCAAAUGAAAUUCAAGCUGCUCCUAUAUCUUAAUUAGAAAACAUUACCUGGUAAGAAAUUCUGACAGUCUUAAGAAAAAAAUUCACUACACCAGUGGUAGUGCUACCAGUUUUACAAUUUUUAUUCCCAUUGACACAAAUGGGGGAAACAGGAGACAUUAUUAUAACUACACAUCCUGUCAGCCAAUAGAGAUUCGUGCUGAAAUUUCAUGCAUAUGUCUUGGAAAAUGCCCACAAUAUCACUGGUGAUCAUAGCACCAGUGAUCACGAGAGCUGGUCUUGUGGUAGCGAGCAUGACUUGUCCCCUUAGCUAAACAGGGUCUGCCCUGGUUGCAUAUGAAUGUGAGACUUGAUGUGUGAGCACUGUAGAUAUUCCCCUCAGGGGAUAGAGCUGCUCUAGGAAGAACAGAAGGUUCCAAGUUCCCUCCCUCGCAUCUCCAAGAUAGGGCUGAGAGAGAUUCCUGCCUGCAACCUUGGAGAAGCCUCUGCCAGUCUGUGUAGACAAUACUGAGCUAGAUGGACUUUUUCACACAACACAUAAUCAACUUGUGGAAUUCUCUGCCACAAGAUGUGGUGACAGCCAACAACCUGGAUGGCUUUAAGAGCGGUUUGGAUAACUUCAUGGAGGAGAGGUCUAUCAUCGGUUUCUAGUUGGAGAGCUAUAGGCCACCUCCAGCCUCAAAAGGAAGAUGCCUCUGAGUACCAGUUGCAGGGGAGUAACAGCAGGAGGGAGGGCAUGCCCUCAACUCCUGCCUGUGGCUUCCAGCAGCAUCUGGUGGGUCACUGUGUGAAACAGGAUGCUGGACUAGAUGGGCUUUGGGCCUGAUCCAGCAGGGCUGUUUUUAUGGGCCUAUGGUCUGACUCUGUAUAUGGCAGCAUCCUGUGUUCCUAUACACCUUUUCUCCCCCACCAUAACUGUCUCAUUUCAGAACAUUUUUAAAUACACAUCAUCCAUCAGCCAUCCUACCAGCCACAUUUAUAUGUGCGGCUCCACACACAAGACUCCAUGUUGGCAGCCUUAACAUACAUAUGGACAUAUAUGCUUCAACUGAAUCAGGCCAUUAGUCUACCUAGCUCAGCACUGUCGACACUGACCGGUAGGUGUUCUCCAGGGUUUCAGGCCAGGGUUUUUCACAGCCCUACUGGGAGAUAUCGGGGAUUGAACCUGGGACCUGCUGCACGCAAAGCAGAUGCUUUACCACUGAGCUAGGACCCCACCCCAACUAUACAGCUUUGCACUCAUGGGAGCAUUGUACAUGCCUAAUAGCAUGCAUCAGGGGCUGUCUGGAUCGAGCCAUAAAUAUGUUUUUAAAGUUUAUUAUUGUAUGGUUAUUAAUUGUUCUGACACCUGCUGUUCUACUUCAGAGAGAACUCUCCUGUUGCUUCUAAAACAAUUGUGGAAGGAGAGGGACCAUUAGCAAAGAUCUCUCCCAUCUUGCAAGAAUCUUCUGUCAUAUUGUUAACCAUUCCCCCCUCACACACACACACUUUAAUGCUAAGAAAAAAAUGCAAGGGGGCAUAAUUUAUCCAAUGUUGCCUACUUAAAGUAAUGAUGUUCAGUGUCAUCAAGGCUGGGCUGGGCUGGGCUGCUGUGGACUUGCCUUAGAAGCCUUGAUGCUGUUUGGAAGCAGUAUAUGCCAAAGCAGCAUUUCCACAGGUUUCCCAUUGUCACAAACCGGGAAACCUGUGAAAGUCUGCUACUACACUGGCUGCUUUGGAACAUGUUAAGGCUUGCAUUGAGGCCUGCAGCAGCCCCAAGGUGCAGUGCUAUGGAACCACAGACCAGUCACACACAUGCUUACCUCUCUUCCCUGAAAGUCAGUGAUGUGACGAGGAGGAAAAUCGUCAAAGUAGUCCUAUUGAAAUUAGGACAAGUCAGGCACUGAAAACAAGCCCUGGUUUGACCAAUUUGCCUUGUAUCAGCCAGUGAGUCCUGUAAUCUCACCUUAUGUACAUUUAUGUGAAUGUAAGUCACCUCUGUUUAUACCUAUGAAGGGUGGCAGUUCUAGGACCAAAUUGCAUGCUACCUUAAAUAUGUCAUUUCUUGUUUGUAUUUCUUCAGCCUUCAGUAGCAGCCACAGAGGGUGGUUGGAAUCAGGCCCAUGGCAUGCAGAUAUUUAGCCCUUUCUCCUUGUGUUGCGUGCCUAACAAAAAUGCCCCCCUUAAAAAGCUGGGAGCAUCUGUGGGAAAGAAGCUUCAACUGAGGCCAAUAGACACAUUCCUCCCACAGCAGCUCAGGUGGACAUUUUCAUCAGGACUGGGGUACAAGGGGAGAGGGUUAGAUAUUCUUCCCUGCAUACAUUAUGGUUCUCAUUGCCUCCCCCCGUGACUCUUGUUCAAGACUGAAAACAGAAAGCCAAAUUAUUGCUCCUCUAAUGCAAUCCAUAGCUGAUCCUUUGAGGUGCUUAACUUGGGCUGGAUUGUGCUACAGGAGACGUGGGAAAGAAGCUGGGCCAGGUGAAAAGACUUUGGUCAUGACUCAUGACACCAGUGCCAGAUCUGAGCCCUCCAUGCUAUGUUUAAGGGAUGAAAUCACCUCAGAAUUUGCUUGUAACAACAGAGAGCUGUCUAAACUUGGGGGGCAGGGGGGAUAUCUAAUCGCAAAUAUGUUAUGCAUUAGUGUGUUAAGCAGGCUUUUUGUAUACAGCACACAUGCAAAGAAUGCACACCAAGCGUCCACAGAUUACAUCGGAAGGAGGUACAGCAUACAGUGCUGUUCCAGGCAGCUGGCUACUCAACAUCCGCCUUUAAAGUUUGACAGUGUAGCAUACACACUUGAAGUAUUGAUUUUAACUGACCUGCACUUUGGUGCCACUGUAUGUGUCUUCAGUGCCAUCGCGGUUAUAAGUUUAUUCGGUCAUUGACCAGCAAAGCAGUGCCAUCGUAUCAUGUGCUGCAACGUCCAUAUUACCUUGACUCUUUUUGUUGGUGCUGCAAAUAUUACGACGGGGGAAUUAGGGCAGGGAGGAGGUCGUAGGGUCAAAAAGCUUUGGUACUCCGAUGUCCUGAGAACAGGAAGCAUCAGUAGGGAAGUAUCAGAGGUGUAGCAAGUGAUUCUUUUAUCUCAAGCUCCCUGAAACCGGUCUUUUCCAGCCACAUAGUUCUGUGUCUCCUCCUAAGCACUGUCAGCUGAUAGUGGUCAAGCAGACAACACAGCAAUUUAUUAUAGAGGAAACCAUUUCAGAUCCAAUAUGUGCAUUUAAUAAUCAAAGAAGCAUGCUAUUAUUAUUAUGUUUUUAAAAAUUGUUGUCAUUGUACAUGUGUUUUCCCCCAAAUCAAUUGCUAUUUUAGAAGGGUUUUUUGUAAAUAAAUGUUGGCUAUAUUUUAAA